AUUUAGAUGUAUCGCUUAGUUUGUCCUGACUAUCGGUAAUGUCUUAUAGAAGACUUUAUUAAUUUCUUGCCUCUGUUAAUGGCAUCGUAUUCCUAUAAUUUAACUAUAUCUAUUUAUAUCAAGUAGUGAAGAAGAAAGAUAUCGGAAAACAAAUGACAUUGUAGGGUACAUCUGAAAGGCAUGAUAUGGCCAGUUUGAUUACUCAGGGGUUGAUUCUAUCUCAUUUUGCUUAGGGAAAUUCUCUGAAAGAAAUCUUUGUAGAAAGGAAACUUCUCACCCACAUAAAUGAAGAAUGACAUUAUCAUGUAUUAUGACAUCACUUAUAUAACCUUCAAGUAAUUUAUAUGUUAUGUAAAGAAAGGAAUCACAUUUGUAUUUGAGAGACACCAUGGAGGACACAUCUGAGAAUCAGGUUCUUACUGAAAUAAAAUCUGAGAAAAAAGAUACAACUGAUGAGGCACAGUUAGGUGUAGCAAAGAAAUUAUACACCUGUGAUGUCUGUUUACUAAUAUUCUCUGAUAUUGAAAGUUUGAAUAAUCACAAACAUAUCCACACAGACAGAAAACCAUAUCACUGUGAUAUCUGUGGUAAAAUAUUCAAUGUCCGUUCAAAAUUAACUCGUCAUAAGUCUACCCACACAGGUGACAAACCAUAUCAGUGUGAUAUCUGUAGGAAAACAUUCUCACAGAAAAACAAUUUAACCCGCCACAAUCGUAUCCACACUGCAGAAAAUGCAUUCCACUGUGAUAUCUGUGGCAAAACAUUCAAAGCCCUUGGGAAAUUGGCAUCUCAUAAACGCACUCAUACAGAGAAGAAACCUUACCGUUGCCAUACCUGUGGUAAAGCAUUUGCUAAAAGUAAAACAUUAAUUAACCAUAAACGCACUCACCUCAAUGAGAAACCAUUUGAAUGUGAUGUCUGUGGCAAAGCAUUUUCCAAAAAUAAACCAUUAGUUAUCCAUAAACGUGUUCACACCAAAGAAAGACCAUACGAAUGUGAUGUAUGUGGCAAAACAUUCUCUCAGAGUGGGUAUUUAACUUCUCAUAAACUUAUUCACACAGGAGAGAAACCCUUCCACUGUGAUAUUUGUGAUAAAACAUUCUCUCGUAAAGAUUACUUGAAACGUCAUACACGUAUUCAUACUGGGGAAAAACCAUAUGAAUGUGAUGUUUGUGGUAAAGCAUUCUCUGGAAGUGCAAAUCUAACGUGUCAUAAGCGUAAACAUACAGGUGAGAGGCCAUACGAGUGUAAUGUCUGUGGUAAGACUUUCUCAACAACUGGAAAUUUAUCAUCCCAUAAACGUAUUCAUUCAAAUGAGAAACCAUACCAGUGUGAAAUCUGUCAUAAAGCAUUCUCUCAAAAUGCACAUUUAAGCAAUCAUCGAACUGUUCACACACGUGAGAAACCAUACCACUGUGAUGUCUGUGGCAAAGCAUUCUCUAUAAACGGAGAUUUAACUCGUCACAAACGUAUUCACACCAUUCAGAAACCUUACCAGUGUGAUACCUGUGGUAAAAUGUUCUCUACAAUGGAGAUUUUAGCAACUCAUAAAGUUAGUCACGCAGAAACUGUACACCAGUGUGAUAUCUGUGGUAAAAUAUUUUUGAAAAAGAGAUAUUUAGUGAGGCACAAACACAUUCACUCAGGGUCGCACUCAUAUCACUGUGAUAUCUGUGAUCAAAAUUUCUCUACACGUGAAGAUUUAACUAUCCACAAGCACAUACACACCGGUAUAAAACCAUUCCAGUGUGAUGUCUGUGGUAAAAUAUUUGCCCAGAAACGAUAUAUAAUUAAGCACAAACGUAUUCACACAGGUGAGAAACCAUACCACUGUGAUACAUGUGGUAAAGCUUUCUCUCGAAGUGAAUAUUUGACACUUCACAAACGUAUUCACACAAAAGAAAAAUUAUAUACGUGUGAUGCUUGCGGUAAGACAUUUUCUGAUAAUAUAACUUUGACUGAACAUAAAUGUAUUCAAACAGAAGAUAAGCCAUUAUUUAAAUGUGAUAAAUGUGGUAAAGAAUUCACACACAAAUCUACUUUAUGUAUUCACCAGCAUGUUCAUGCAAUAGAGUAAUUAUACUCUGUACAGUAUUGGAGCUGGCUCAUUAAUAUAUGUUAACACAUGAUAGCUAUCCAUUUUUUGCAAUACAUUAAAGCUAUAACUACUACCUCUGCUGAAACACAUUGCUAAACUAAUCAUGUUGUUAACCAAAAAUUUUGAUGUGGCCAAUACUUGCCAGUAUUAACUUCAUUAUUGAAUAAAAAAAAAUCUGUUUCAGUCCAUGUCUUCCUCUUUUCCGCCUCCAUCCCAACUCUGAGUGAUUGAAACUGACCUCUUUGGUAUAUCCCUCCAGAUCUUUCAUACAACCAGUUCCCUUGAAGUUCAGAAUCUCCACAUUGUUUACUCAAAGCUUUGUUGCACAAAGAACUCUGCCUGUAAAACAUAGAAUAAGCCACCAACAACAACAGCAACAACUCCAUUUUGGGAAUUGCUCUAAGUAAAGCAGAAAGUUGUCUUUGUGCAUGACAUAGCCUGGAUGUUUUCUUCCCUCCCAGACUGCAGCAGAGUUUUCUGGUCUCUUACCAAGAGAGUCUCUUCUGGCUACAUAGAAUCCUCAGGAAAAUAACUUUAUAAGCAGCACAUCAGUUGUAAAAGCUAUAUAUUUUCUCCUUGCAUCACUUAUAUAACUCCACACUAUAUGCCAAACAAAACUCCCUGCAAUUUUCCUUCUAGUUUCACCAUUAUAUUCACACAAUAUUCACAUUCAAAUAUCUGAUGAUUUAAUUGAAAUAACUAGUCCUGACUUUAUUCUUUCCAUCCCUCUCAAGCAAAGCACCUAUUCUGUCCUUGUUAAACGAUUCAAUCUCUCACUCUCACACACACAAGCUCUCAGUCCAUGAAAGCAUGUGACUGGGUGCAUUGCUGAAAAUGGGUAACUUCAGGCCCCAUUGACUACAGACCUAUAUUUAUAAUGCUCUCUCCACUAUCUCGAGAACUGAUGAUUAGAAACAGUUGUAAACCACUUUCUCUGACAACUCAUUGUUUUGAUCUAGAUCAACUGGAGACUUGCUUUCCUUCAUUAUUCACCAGUUCUUGUUCUUUGGAAUUCUGGUGAAAGCACUGUUGUGGUACUUGAAAUCAGCAAAUUCCUCAAACAUGUUUGGUAUGAAAACAUUUUAGCUAAAUUACCCCAACUCUAGUUUACAUCUCUAUCAUAGACUUCUUGUCAGACCUUUGCUGAUAAUACUCUCUUCAGUCCUGAGCUUAUACUUUCGGUCUGUUAUAAUUGAGAUUGUCUCAAUGUCAUCUCUAUACAUAUGAUUCUACACUAACCCUUGAAACUUCUAUAUACAUUAACAUUGGUGCACAACCUAAAUAUUUUACACCAAACCUGCUUUACCUUUUUGCACAGGGCUCUUGAAAAUGUCCAUCAAUUAGAAUGUAACACUCUAGUCUGUUUCAACAUCAUAUAAACACAAAUCAAAGUAUCAGUCUUGUACUUCACCUCAUCUAGUUAUGGACAACACAUAAGUAAAAUCCAUCAAAGUCCCUAAAAUGAUUUCCUAUGGUGAUCUUGUUCUAAACACUACACCCAAUCCUUCCCUGAACUGCAACAUACUGGAAUUCUUGUUUGGCCUACAUUUUUGCUGUGAACAUAGCCUUCAGGUGCCUGAUGUCUGCAUUUCUCCUUUACUCAGAUGGAAUAAAUAUUGUGUACGAAAUUAAUCCAUCAAGUAGUCUAGAUUUGACAAUAAAGUAUUAAAACUAGACAGUGUGCUGGGCUGAAUCUGAUUUAGAUUGAAAAUAUGUUCCUAAAAAUGUCAGACCUGCAUGAACUUAUAGAAAUCUUUACCCCAAUUUCAAAGGAUGACUAAAUGUAAUCUUGUAACAAGAAUGAACUCAUUUGCUGUAUGGUGUUCUCAUAUCAUUGUGGUAUUUGUGGUGAAAAUUUACUUGGAAUACACUUGAUUUGACUACAAACUUAUUCGUGGAAUUGAUAACUAUACAGCAAUAUACACAGUAUAACAUUUUCACUAAACAGUAUAUUAACUGUUCAUGAACAUUGAUAUAGGUGGUAUCUAUGGUAAAAGUGGGAAAAUGGAGUGUUUUAUGAAAUUUAAAUAGAAUAAAUUCAAAGUUUCAUCGUUCUUGAACCUUGUCAUUUGACAUCACAAAUA